AUGCCGAAUACCAAAAUCAUCGUGCAACUAUUCGAUCCGGUAUGCAAAUUCAAAGGCUUCCAGUUCAAUGCACUUUCUGUUUCCAGAAUCAGCCGUUAGAUGAGGAGAUGCCGGUGCUCUCACCUCAAUCUUCGGAGCACAAGAUGGUCCCCCACGUCACCGUCUCUCCUGAAGCUGUCCAGCAGGAUGCUCCGACGCAAGAAUCUCCUCCGAGUUUGGAAGGAACCGCCUCGAACUCGCCUUCCGCGACAAUGUCGAGUGCUGUGUUGGACUCGAUGAGACUUUAUGUUCAAACUGUGCUCCAGGCUCAAACUCUGGCUGAAGUAACGGCUCAAACUCUGGCUCGAACUCAGGCUCUGUUUCAAGUUCAGCCUCCAGUUCUGCCUCAUGGGCUAACUCCGGAUGCCGGAGCAGCAGCUCAGCAUGCUGCUCCGGCUCACCCUCAGAUGCUGCACUAUCCGACUCCAGUUAAUCGGAUGACGUCCGCUUUCUCAACGUACCAACCCAACAACUUCCACGCUCAACCGUCGCCUCCGAUUCCGGAGAUCUUGAUGAUGCUCCAGGAGAACCAAAAACUAAAGCAGCAGAAUUGGAUUCUAAGCCAAGAGCUGGAGUUCUUCAAAUCCUUGUACUGCUCGGUCAGUUUGACAAUGGUCAGCACAUAUACAUUGUUGUUUUACAGAUGCGCCAAAGCUUCUUUCCCCAGUAA